GACAACGGAGACGGGGAUUGAGGUCCCACCCCAUUCCCUGCCUGGUGUCAACCGUUACAAUUAACGAUCAUUAAUGUUCUAUCUUAAAAGCAUACAAACCAAUAACGUACAUACCCCACCAUUUUAGUGUUUUCUACAAUCAACGAUUACAAAAAGUAAUCGAAGUGAUUCCAUUCUGCCUGCUACCUACCAACCGAGAAGACAGAUAUUCCAAAACGGCUCUUGUUCACAUCCCCUACCUAACAAACAAACCCAGUCACAGUCGCAGGGCUCCUAACUUGAUCGGAAGGGAAAAAAAUGAGCGGUGCCGGAAAGACGGUUUGUGUUACCGGAGCUUCUGGUUACAUAGCUUCAUGGCUCGUCAAGUUCUUGCUUCAGCGGGGUUACACUGUCAAAGCAUCUGUUCGCGAUCCCAAUAACCCUAAAAAAAGGGACCACUUGCUCAAACUCGAUGGAGCAAAGGAAAGGCUUCACUUGUUCAAAGCAGAGCUGCUUGAAGAUGGCUCCUUUGAUGCUGCAAUUGAUGGCUGUGAAGGUGUUUUCCAUACAGCAUCUCCCUUUUAUCAUGCUGUCACUGAUCCACAGGCAGAGUUGAUUGAUCCUGCAGUGAAAGGAACACUCAAUGUUCUUGGUUCAUGUGCAAAGACUUCAUCAGUUAAAAGAGUGGUUUUGACAUCCUCUAUUGCUGCAGUUGCUUACAAUGGUAAGCCAAGGACUCCUGAAGUUGUAGUUGAUGAGAGUUGGUUUUCUGAUCCAGAUUUUUGCAAGGAAGCAAAGAUGUGGUAUGUGGUGUCCAAAACUUUGGCUGAGGAUGCUGCUUGGAAAUUUGCAAAAGAAAAAGGGUUUGACAUGGUCACAAUAAACCCAGCAAUGGUGAUCGGUCCUCUGUUACAACCAGUGCUUAACACUAGUGCUGAAGCAAUUGCAAACCUAUUGAAGGGGUCGCAAACGUAUGCAAAUGCUAGUUUUGGGUGGGUUAAUGUUAAGGAUGUUGCAUAUGCACACAUCCAAGCUUUUGAAAUUCCUUCAGCAACUGGAAGAUAUUGUUUGGUGGAGAGAGUUGCUCACUAUUCACAAGUAGUUGAGAUAUUACGCAAGCUUUAUCCUUCAUCUCAGCUUCCAGACAAGUGUGCAGAUGAUAAGCCUUUUGUUCCCAUAUACCAAGUGUCAAAGGAAAAGGCAAAGAGUUUGGGUAUUGAUUACAUUCCCAUUGAACAAAGCAUACAGGAAACUGUGGAGAGCUUGAAGGAGAAGAACUUCAUUGGGGCAACCUCAUCAAACAUGUAAUUUAUAUCCUCAAACUUGUCUUUGAGAUUAAAUUAAUUAAGUUAUUUAACGUCUGGAAUUGAAGCUGGAAUGGUAUGGUUUAUUGUGAACGAGAUGUUGGUUGGUUAAACUUAUCGUAACAAAAUGUUGGUUCGCCUAAUCAAAUUGAGUCUCUUUUAUUUUGUGGUC